CCAUCUCAUUAUCUCUCCCCUCUCAUCCAAUUCUUCUUCAUUUUCACACCAUGGGUUUGGUAAUGAGCUUCAUGGGAAAAGGUUUGCCAACUACCCAAAUGUUGAGUCUUGUGAUGGGCACACUCUACAGCAAAUUCAUCGAAAAAGAAAUCAAGACCUUUGAUGACUUCCAUUUUGCCAUCCUUGAUAUGUUCAACACAAUCAAUGCAGCAUUGCCGGGUAAACACUACGAUGUUCCACCACCCAACCAAGUUCAGGACAUUUUCAAAAAAUGGGAAGGAGCAAAAGAGGCAUCAGAAAAAAAGAAACUGUUCAUUGAUUUCAUGAAGACGAGUGUAAGCCUAAGCAAGUUUGAUGACUCAACUCUCAUCACCGGACUAGUUACGCCGCCAGCAGCCAUGGCGGCAAAACGAGCGGGCGAAAGCUUGCCACAGCUGAGCAUGAUCAAAGUGGUCCCGGAUGUCAUAUUUGUGCCUGCUGCAACCGUUUUGGCUCUCAUCUCAGCUAAGCUCUCCAAAAAGAUGUUCUUGGGAAAUGUCGCAUCAUAAUUAUUAAAUUACUGUAUUUCCAAACCCAAUCCCUCUUAUUAAAACAUUUUACUUUGAAAAAUCUUAACCAACUAUGCCAUAUGCAAAAG